UGUUCGUAUUUACUAGGAGAACAUAUUCCAUGGUCUGAGUUCUUCAGUGCUUUAUCAAGAAAGUCAAAGGCACUUUUUGUUUUCCAGGGCUUAGUUAUUGAACGGCUCGGACGCAGGCCUCUUCUCAUCGGGGGUUUUGGGUUGAUGGUUGUCUUCUUCGCAGUACUUACCGUCUCUCUGACUUUACAGGAAACCGUGCAUUGGCUUCCUUACCUCAGUAUAUUUUGCAUCCUUGCAAUCAUUGCAUCGUUCUGCAUUGGACCAGGUGGGAUUCCAUUUGUCCUCACUGGAGAGUUUUUCCAGCAAUCGCAGAGGCCGGCCGCAUUCAUGAUAGCUGGGACAGUCAAUUGGCUCUCCAACUUCGCAGUCGGACUGCUCUUCCCUUUCAUUCAGGGUGGCUUACAGACCUACUGCUUCCUAGUGUUUGCUGCCAUCUGCUUUGCGGGAGCUACCUACCUGUUUUUUGUCCUGCCUGAAACAAAAAAUAAAACAUUUAAUGAGAUCAGCCAGGCAUUUGCCAAAAGGAAUAAAGUAUCUUUAGAAAUGCAAGAAAUGAACCACUACCCAGGGGAGAGAAAAUCCAGUAGAGAACAAGAAUCAAACUUCACAUCUUCAGUGAACAAUGGGGAAACCAAAAAAGGGAUUGUGUAA